AUGGAUGCUUCCAGUCACCACACAGAACAACAGCCUGGGCGGCGCAAGAGGACUCACCGGGGUGGCAAGAAGAAGAAGAAGUCCCGGCGACAGUCUUUCGCGACCGGACCAGACGAUAUGGCCAACGACGGCCUCUCGGCCACUGGGUCCAACUUCUACAACAACCACGCCGCUCACCUCAGCAACACGAGCCUCGACAGCGAAGCACUGCUCGACCACAGAGAUCAGCAGCCGCUGAGACCUCGACGACCAUCCAUCGCCGUCACGUCCGCAUCUCCUUUCCCUACCAAUUCACAGCCAUACUCGAGCAGCACCAGCAGACUGAGGACUGUAUAUCAUGGCGGGGAAAGCAACAGCGCCGACGAGGAUGACCACUCGGCCAACGAGGGAGCCCCUCUGCUUUCGCAGUCGAUGCGCCUGGGGAACUCGGAGGCUGCGUUGGGCUACGGGUCUCGCGAGAUGACACAGCGCGAGAGCACAUCGCGGAGUAGGACAAGCUCAGGCAUGUCUGUCGAUAAGAAGAAGCUGCAUCUGAACCCCUUGUCCACCUCCAACAACAGUUACAAUGUCAACUAUCCGCCUUCAAUGCCCGGCAGCCCUAGGAUGCGGCCGGUCGAUCCAGCGGGACUCAUCAACUUUGGGGACGAUCUGCUGAGGGACGAGAUAAGCAGGAGUGAGCUUCGUAGUCGCGCUGGGAGCAUCGGUGAUGAGGAGCGACCCUCUGGGCGUAUGUCUUCUCCGAUGGAGAGGCGACACACCCUCUCUGUCCCUCCCGAAGAAGAUGUGUGCUUCCCUCAGGAGGGCAUGUCUGAGAUGGGUGAUGAGAUGGCACACAACGAUGAGGAGGACGUACAUAUGGGUCUGAGAUCAAGGGGGCGACGGCGGAAGCGAAGGUGGCCAGACUUGUCGGUGUUGGAAGACUGGAGCAAGCUCGAGAAGGAGGCCAACGAAGAACGGCGAGUGAAAAGGAUCACGGAACCACAGCUCAUCAACGGAAGGCUCAGGCCUGUCAACAAGACCUGGUUCAAAGCCGAGGAUGAUGCCCCAUACCGCUUCACCUACUUUAACGAAGAGUUCCAGAGCACGGUGCACAGUCAAACAAUUUCGGGAUUGGUGCAGGCAGGCGGUACUUUCCGUGAUCUGUUCGUCCCGGACCCCGUCAUCAUCGAAGAUUCUUCCUCCGAAUCCGACAAUGACGAUAUGACGUCCACUCUCCGCCAACCAACCCCUGGCGAGUCGCGGGCUCCGAGCCGGCAGACUUCAGUACCUCCUUCAAUUCAGGCAAGCGAACAUUCUUCUAGGCCAGGCUAUCUGAAUCGGACAUUUUCACCCCCGACCGGUAGAGACAGCGUCAUGACUUCGGCACCUCCAAUAUCGGGUCUGGAGACGCCAGUGCCGCCAAAAUCGCCUAAUUCUGCCAGAAAGUCAACGACGCCACCAGAGGGCAAGCCAGUCAGGUUUGGUGAGCGGCCAGUCUGGUGGCUAGACGUUCUCAACCCUAGCGAGGCUGAGAUGAGAGUCAUUUCCAAAACUUUUGGUAUUCACCCGUUGACGGCAGAAGACAUCAUCAUGCAAGAAGCUCGUGAGAAGGUGGAGCUGUUUAGGCACUAUUAUUUUGUCAACUACCGUACCUUUGACCAGGACGAGGAGAGCGAGGACUUCCUGGAGCCGGUGAACAUGUACAUUGUGGUGUUCCGGGAGGGUAUUUUGACCUUCCACUUCUCCAUUACGCCGCACCCGGCUAACGUGAGGCGGCGAGUUCGACAACUUCGCGACUACAUGAUGCUGUCGGCGGACUGGAUCUCUUACGCCAUUAUAGACGACAUUACGGACGUGUUUGUCCCGCUAAUCACCCGGAUCGAGGAAGAGGUUGACGACAUCGAUGACGAAGUGCUGGGUCUGCAGGAAGUCUCGACUGCCGAGGCCGUCAAGGAUACGACAUCGUUUAAGAGCAAAGACAACGCAAUGCUACGGCGCAUCGGCGACUGCCGAAAGAAAGUUAUGGGCCUGUACCGGCUGCUGGGCAACAAGGCCGAUGUCAUCAAGGGCUUCGCCAAGCGGUGCAACGAGCACUGGGAGGUGGCUCCGAGGUCGGAUAUCGGGCUCUACCUGGGCGACAUUCAAGACCACAUCGUCACCAUGACGGCCAAUCUGAGUCACUACGAAAAGAUCCUGGCUCGAUCACACGCCAACUACCUAGCGCAGAUUAGUCUGCGGAUGAACGAGCGCCAGGAGGAGACGGCGGACAUCCUCGGUAAGCUGACCAUCUUGGGUACCAUCGUCCUACCCAUGAACCUGGUCACGGGUCUGUGGGGAAUGAACGUAUGGGUACCGGGGCAGGCCGCCGAGGGCGAUCUCACAUGGUUUUUCGCCAUCACUGUGAGCUUGCUAAGCGCGGGUUUACUGUGUUACUGGCUAGUCAAGAAAUUGUAUGGGCUAUGA